UGCUGCGAACACCUGAUAUGAACCGAGAGACUGACUAACACAUACACUGUUGGAAGAAACUGCGUCACAUCUAUCAGAUUUGGACCAGUGCGACCCUGUAUCGAAAAAGCUACAUUCUGACACACAUACUGUAGCUCGCUCGCUUGCCUUUAAAAUCAACAACACAGCAUCAGACCGAACAUCAGUAGAGAUGUACGCAUCCCUCAUCCGCCCCUCUUGUUUCCUGUUGGCAGUGUUUUGUGUGUGUAUUUAACCUUAAUGAGCUGACAAAUGACACAUGAGGAAAGAAAGUGCAUCCUCCAAUGUCAUUAUCACAUGCAUCUCUUUAAGAAUAUACAAAAAGACCGGAGCACGGAUAUUUGACUGCCAAAACUGGAGGAUGGAUUUAUCAGGACGGUGAAAUCAGACACUUGGAAUUACUAGCCAGCCAGCUAACGUGGUCCUGUACAACCAACAGCGCUUAACGUACGGGGACAACCUCAACGGGUCCAGCCCAGGAACAGAGCUUCUCUCCGGCCAGGGAGUCCCCACCGGUAGUCUUUCCCAGCUAUGGCUUUGGUAACCCUGCAGCGCUCUCCCACCCCUAGCGCUGCAUCUACAGCCAGCACCACCACCACCAACGCGGGGGAGGACUUUGGCAGCGAUGACGAGCGCCGGCUAAAUCAGAGCCUGAGCGAGAGUUUCUUCAUGGUGAAGGGAGCGGCCCUCUUCCUUCAGCAGGGUAGCAGUCCGCAGUGCCAGAAGUCACAUCCCCACCACAAACAUGCUGGUGACUUACCUCAGCACCUACAGGUUAUGAUAAACAUUCUUCGCUCGGAGGACAGAAUCAAACUGGCGGUUCGGUUGGAGAGCGCGUGGUCAGACCGCGUGCGCUACAUGGUGGUAGUCUACACAAAUGGCCGCCAAGACACGGAGGAGAAUAUACUGCUGGGAAUGGACUUCAUCAAUAAGGACAGUAAAAGCUGCUCCGUAGGGAUGGUGCUGCCACUAUGGAGUGAUACCAAGAUCCAUCUGGAUGGAGACGGGGGCUUCAGUGUGAACACAGCAGGGCGGACACAUAUCUUCAAGCCAGUGUCUGUACAGGCCAUGUGGUCGGCGCUGCAGAUCCUGCACAAGGCAUGCGAGGUGUCACGCAGGUACAACUACUUCCCGGGGGGCAUGGCGCUCACCUGGAUGGGCUACUACGAGAGCUGCAUCUCCUCCGAGCAGAGCUGCAUCAACGAGUGGAACGCCAUGCAGGACCUGGAGACCACCCGGCCAGACUCGCCCACCAUGUUCGUCGACAAGCCAACAGAAAGGGAAAGGACAGAGUGCCUUAUCAAAGCCAAACUCCGGAGCAUCAUGAUGUUCCAAGAUUUGGAGAAUGUUACCUCCAAGGAGAUCCGUAACGAGCUGGAGCAGCACAUGAAUUGCAACCUGAAGGAGUACAAGGAGUUCAUCGACAACGAGAUGCUGCUGAUCCUAGGUCAGAUGGACAAGGCCACCCUCAUCUUCGACCACCUCUACCUGGGAUCCGAGUGGAAUGCCUCUAACCUUGAGGAGCUGCAGGACUCGGGUGUGGGAUACAUACUCAACGUCACACGGGAAAUUGACAACUUCUUCCCGGGCACAUUCGCUUAUCACAACAUACGGGUCUACGACGAGGAGGCCACUGACCUGCUGGCCCACUGGAACGACACCUACAACUUCAUUGUGAAAGCAAAGAAAAACCACUCCAAGUGUCUGGUACACUGCAAAAUGGGCGUGAGCCGGUCGGCGUCGACGGUCAUAGCCUACGCCAUGAAAGAGUACGGCUGGUCUCUGGAGAAGGCCUACAAUUUCGUCAAGCAGAAGAGGAGCAUCACGCGCCCCAAUGCAGGAUUCAUGAGGCAGCUGGCUGAGUACGAGGGCAUCCUGGACGCCAGCAAGCAGAGGCACAACAAGCUGUGGAGGCCCGACUCUGACUGUGACCUCCCCGAUGGGCAGCAGGCCUCGGCCCAGUGCUGCGGCCCCGACGGGCCAGGGGACGUGACCCCGGAGCCCGGUUCCCUGUCGUGCGACGAGGCCUGGGGCGGCGAGGGGGCCCGUCCCUCGCCCUGCCGGACCAUCGGGGUGGAGGUGGACCCCGCUGACCCGCCCAACUACAACUACUACUUCCGCCGGCUCUCCGACUCAGCCCUGGACAGCGACCCCUCCACGCCGGUUCGCGCGCCCCCGCUGCUAGACAUGGACCGCGUCUUCAUCGAGAUCGAGGACGUGGAGCGGGACGCCCUGCUGGACGACGAGGGCUUCGAGAGCCGCGACUGCCCCCUUCCCCACUUCGCCCUGCCCGGGGAGGGCACGGCCGCCCAGACCUGCUGCCGGCCGGAGCCCCUGGAGGACCUGCGCAUGAGGCUGGAAUUCAGCACCGUGGAGGAGGAGGACGAGGAGGAGGCGCAGAAGGAGGAGGCCGAGAUGGUGGCGCUCGCACGGCCCGGAGGGGCCGGGGGAGGAGGGGGAGAGGAAGGGGGAGGGGAUGAAGGGAUGACAGAGGAGGAGAGGGAGGAGAGCGGGCAGGCCCCCGGCUCCCCCUCCCUCGCUGCCCUGAACCGUUUCAGCAAUGAGAACUCCAACAACAACAACAGCCUGAGCAUGAAGCGCAGCUUUGAUGACAGUACUAACAUCAGAAAUCCCUACAAAGUCAAGCCUUCUUACCAGUCCUGCACAGACUGCAUGAGCUCCCCUCUCAGCCAGCGCUGUGAGCCCAUGGCCGUGGACCGAGCCCAUCGCCUUAACCCCACGCACCUCUACAGCGGCGUUCCCAGCAUUUCCAUGGAGGCGCCCGGAAACCUCUUCGCCCCCGCUUCCUCGAACGUCCUCCCGGCCCUGCUGAGGCCCUGCGGCCCGCGCUGCAGCUGCGCCAACUGCAGCACCCCGCCCACCGCCGCGCUCCUGGAAGCCUGCCGCCAGCGGCAGGUGUCGCCCAUGAGCUGCGAGGAGCCGCCGCGGGACCUGCUCUGCCCCCUGGAGGCCGACAGCAUGUCCGAGCCGCUGGAGGAGGAGGAGGAGGAAGAGGAGGGGCCUGGGGUGGAGGCUGCAGGUGCCGUAACCGACCUGGCGCUGCUCAAACUCAGCCUGGAGGCGGCGAAGCCGGCGGCGCCAGGGUACCUGACGCAGCACCAGGAGUCCCUUAUGCAGCUGCAGAGGGCCGGGCUGGUCCGCAAGCGCACCGAGAAACUGGAGAAGCUCUCGGGCCUGGCCCUGGAGGCCCCGGGGCCCGCCAGCCACCUCCCGGAGCAGAUGGACACGUACUCGGAGGAGAUGGAGGGGGUGGCGCCGGUGGAGGACAUGGAGGUGGACUGCGGCGCCCUGGCGGAGGCCUACCCCAAAGCCGCCUCCCCCUUCGCGCCGCGCCCCGGCGCGGUGAUGGUCGUGCCGCUCACCAACGACCUGCUGAAGAGUGCCUCGGGCGGGCUGACGCCCACGUCGUCGCCGCACGGCUCCACGCUGACGCGCAGCUCCAGCAGCGACAGCCUGCGCAGCGUGCGGGGGAAGCCCGGCCUGGUCAAGCAGCGCGCCCAGGAGAUCGAGGCGCGCAUGAGGCUGGCCGGCCUCACCGUGCCCUCCCGCCUCAAGCGCUCCAACUCCCUGGCCAAGCUGGGCAGCCUCACCUUCUCCUCGGAGGACCUCUCCUCCGCCUGCUGCUCGGACGCCGGCACCCUCCUCCUCUCCCCCGAGCCCGAAGCCGGCCCUGAGUGGCCCCUGCCCGGAGCCUUUCACCUCAAAGCCAGCCCGGGCCAGGGAGCCGCGGUCAACCCCCUGUUUCAAAGCUCGAGGAGCUGACGCU